GAGGGGAGGGGAGGGAGGGGGGUCGCACAGGGCGGGCGCCUCGCGGGGGUCCGGCUCGCGCCCUCUCACCCUCACUCGCGCGCUAACUCUCUCCCCUUUUUGGGCCGGUGGCCGUCUUCACGCCUGCGCACAACAUCGUUAGCUGGGCGGAGCGCUCCCCCCCACUCUAGUCAAACAACUGGCGCCUGCGUGAAGUGUAAUCCCGCCCACCUCUCCUUCCCUAUCCCGCCUUCAAGGGGAUCCUGGCCAGUCACUUGGAGACAAAGAAUGGCGCUCCUACCAAUCAGGGAAAAGUAGCGUCCCACUAGAGCCGUCACCCAACCCCAUAGAGAAAAGAUAUGGCACCCAAGAAGGCCAAGAGAAGGGCAGCAGAGGGUGGCAGCUCCAAUGUCUUCUCCAUGUUUGACCAAACACAAAUCCAGGAGUUUAAGGAGGCCUUCACCGUCAUUGACCAAAACCGAGAUGGCAUCAUUGACAAGGAAGACCUAAGGGACACCUUUGCAGCCAUGGGCCGCCUGAAUGUGAAGAAUGAGGAACUGGACGCCAUGAUGAAGGAGGCCAGUGGACCCAUCAACUUCACUGUCUUCUUGACCAUGUUUGGAGAGAAAUUAAAGGGUGCUGAUCCGGAGGAUGUGAUCACUGGAGCCUUCAAAGUCCUGGACCCUGAGGGGAAGGGGUCCAUUAAGAAGCAGUUUCUGGAGGAGCUGCUUACAACCCAGUGUGACCGAUUCUCUAAGGAGGAGAUCAAGAACAUGUGGGCAGCCUUCCCUCCAGAUGUAGGCGGCAAUGUAGACUACAAGAAUAUCUGCUAUGUCAUCACCCAUGGAGACGCCAAGGACCAGGAGUAGAGGCCUCCAGAGCCUCACCCUCCCUUCAUUUGGUCCCCAGAAUGGGGAGUGUUGAGCUCCUCUGGAUCUGAACCCCUUUAUUCC